GCGCCGCUACCUGCUCUCUUGAAGGUCCUCAUUGCACUGCGUUUUUACGGAACGGGUUCCAUGCAAACUGUUGUAGGAGACCUUGUGUGUGUAUCCCAACCCUCUGUGUGCCGGUGUAUUUGGGAGGUGACACAGCUGAUAUGCCGACGUCUGUAUCCCAAGUACGUUCGGCUGCCAAACGCCAGUGAAGCGAGGUUAGUCAUGACAAGGUUCUAUUCAAUCGGAGGAUUCCCUGGGGUUACUGGGUGCAUCGAUUGUACUCAUAUACCCAUUAAAAGUCCCGGUGGAGACGACGCAGAAGUCUUCCGAAACAGGAAAGGAGUAUUCUCCAUAAAUGUGCAGGUGGUCUCAGGGCCCGAGCUUCAGUUUUUCGACGUCGUGGCAAGCUGGCCUGGCUCUGUCCACGAUAGUCGAAUUUUUACUAACAGCAGAGUAAGUGUCAUGUAUGAGCAGAAGGCAGUAACUGGCAUCCUCCUUGGCGAUCAAGGUUACGCAUGUUCGCCCUAUUUGAUGACCCCACUGAGGAACCCUCAAACAACUGCAGAGAAAAGGUACAACAGGAGUCACAUUAGAACGAGGAAUUCCAUUGAGCGAGCUUUUGGACUCUGGAAGAGACGUUUUGCAUGCCUCAGGACAAAGCUGGAAACGCUGACAGAGCGGACGGUUGCAAUUAUCACCGCAUGUGCAGCACUGCAUAACAUUGCUUGCACUUUGCGGGAACCCAACCCUAAUGUUGACGAGCCGGAGCCUGAAGGUGAAGGUGUGGCAUUGUGUGAACCUGACUCACCUCUGGGUACCCAACAUCGAAGGCACCUUAUCCAGCGUUGCUUCACAAGUGCCCAAAGUGAAGAUGACAGCGAUAUGGACACGGUGUAGAGCACGAAGGCGAGCCUCCAGCUCCGUCGAUAAUGCUGUGUCGACAGCAGCAAGACGACCACUUUGGCGACGGCGAACAACUGGCUCAGCUCCUGAGCCUUGGUCCAUGAAAGCAUCUUCUCUGUUUUGGCUGCCCGAUGGCCUUGAGGUUGCUGUUUCUGCAGGCAGCCCACCACUGCUGAGAGGAGGUGCUGGCGAGCACUGCUGUGAUGUAGCCUCGGCAAACCCACCUGCCUGGCUAAGGUUACUAUUCAUCCCGAACUCUGCAAGUAACAGUGUUCAUAAAAGUUUCACAGUGCUUUAAAAAGAACAAAUAAACGGUUCACCACAAAACAAA